AUGGCUUCGCGAGCAGCAGACGAACAAGGCGGUUCAGGCUCCGACUUCGAGUUGGAUUCGGAGACGUCUAUACCCGGCACGCCAAACUCCUCAGAACUGCCGACAAGACACACUAUCAACUUAGAUCUCGGAGAUCAUCGACUUGGCCCCGCGAAACGGCUCGAACCAUCGGCGAGGCAGGCCAACGCGGAAACCGCACACAUCACGCGUGUCCGAGAACGGGUCAUAACACCACCUUCAUCGCCGAAAGCAGCCUCCUCCCUUCCACCAUCAGCACAGACGCGCGCACCACCCUUUCAACCUCCACCAGCACCCGUCACGCUGCCUCCCAAAGGACCGACGCCUCCCGUUUCCACCACCGCACCCCGACGCAAGAAGAAGCCUAACAUGGGAUUCCAAGGCGAGCCGUUCACGGGCGAACGCGGCGACGACCCCGUGGAUUUCUGGCGGCGGUUCGAUCAGUGGUCAUUAGAUAGCGAAUGGGAUGACGCGAAGACUCUGCGAGCGUUCAAAUCGUGCCUGAAGAGCGGUUCCAAGGCGAACGACUGGUUCUUGGAGUGCGAGACGAACAGCACGAUAACCAACGCCUCAAGCCUGGAGUCGCAGUUUAACACGAAAUAUCCCGCGCUCGAGAAGGCGAAGAAGACGGCGGACGACCUGGCUGCAGACUUGAUGGCGUUGAGGUUGAAGGAAGCGGACUUGGGCAGGACGGUGAAGGUCGGAGGCGUUGAGAUGUGGGCGCACCGCGCGUAUGCAACGGAAGCGAUAGAACUCGCAAAGGAGGCCGGUAUCAGUAGCACGACGGCAUCUAUCACGAUCAUUAGGGACAACCUUCCCAAAGCCAUUAGACGUCUCGUGAAGUCGAAGCACGUAUCGCUUGAGGCCUUCUUCACCGCAAUCAACGCGCUCGACCCGGACACCGUGAAGGAGGAAGCAGAGUUUGUCCGCGAGAUACAGGAAGAAGCGGAGAAGAGUGCAGACGCUCGGGUUCAGAUGCUCAUGGCGAAUAUGUCGCUCGGCUCUAACGAGAGCGGUGCGCGUUCGCGCCAAGGGGCAAGGACCACUCAGUCGGCGCCAGCCAGCAACAGCAAUACGCCGCGCGCACCACAGUCCAACCCCCCGGUUACCCAGUCGCGCCCAGCGGGUACGCCACCAGCACGAAAUGGCCCGCUUCCGCCGCCCACGGCCGAGCAGCGCGCGCGCUUGGAACAGGCAGCAACCGUUGUGCCACCGAACCGAACCCCACAAGCCAUGGCGAAGUACGAGGCGGACAUGGCUGCGUUCACGGCCAGAUUUGGCAGUCGCCCGUAUAUUACAUACGACACCCCUGUUCCGCUUCGCCCUGGUGGACCGAUGCUAGCAUACUCGGAGUGCUUCAACUGCGGCAACAUCAAUCAUUAUGGCGCGGAUUGCCCGCAUCGUCUCAAUGCAGCACACCCGGAUCGCCUGCCCGGGCCGGAGUCGCGAUGGAGGGCGUUGGUGGGCACGGUGUUGAAGAACGUCAAUCGACCACGCAGAGGAAAUGCGAACUCGGGUGCGGAUAUUCUAUUUACUGGUCAGGAUGAUGGCGGGUUCAAUGGAUGGGCGAACACGCCCGGGUAUGAGAUGUUGGAACAGGGAAACGCGAGCGGGUCGGCUUGA